GGGAAUCCUGGCCUCUGGUGUCUAUUUCUUUGUGGAUCCCUGGGCCCUUUCGGUGGGGUCAGGGGGUGCCCUCCCGGCCAGCCACGGCCCCAGGCCUCGCCCUGCCCCCGCCCGCGCGCCGCCGAGAGGAAGCCGUCGGUGCGCCCAGGGCGGGGCGGCCAAGCGCACAACUCGAAGGUGAGGGUCCUGGAUCGAGUCUACGACUUGGAUGAGAUCAAGGAGCGGCUGGAGCAGUCCCCGGAGCCCGACCGGCCCCCAGAGCGACUCGCCCCGGGCCCCGUCGGCUCCCCGACAGGCCCGACCCAGGAGGAGAUCGAGGCGCUCGUCUACGACAUGGUGCCCGAGCAGCGCAAGAGGGAUCCCAACCACUACGAUCCCCACCGGGACGACCCCGUCACCAAGGGUUUCACCAUCAUGUCCAAGCCUGGCAAGGUCCUCGAGAGGGUCGUCUGCUGCCGCGGCUGCGGCGUCCCGAUACAGACCCACGACUCUGGCAACGUCGGCUACGUUCCCCUCACGGUCUACCUGGAGCUGUACAACGAGAAGUUGCACCGCAAGAUGCUGUGCAGCCGCUGCUCUGACACGCUCAAAGGCGUGCAGCUGCAGCCGGUUGUCAAGGAGGUGAUCGGGGACUGGGCGCUCGGCGCCGAAGCCGCGGUGCCAGCGGAGCUGUUGGAGCAACAGCUGUACGCUAUCCGGCAGCGCAGGUGCCUCGUGGUAUUCAUCAUAGACGUGCUGGACUUCAACGGGGCUUUUAUCCGAAACAUUCGACGCAUGGUCGGGGUAAACCCGAUAUUCGUGGUCGCCACCAAGGUGGACCUGCUCCCCAAGCGAACAGAUCUUGAGAAGGUCGAAGCGUGGCUGCGGCACGCGCUGCUGAAGAGGGGCCUGAAGCGCGUCGUCGACGUGCAGCUGGUGAGUAACCAGACUGGCAAGAACGUGGGCAACACGGUCGGCGAGAUACUGAAGGCGAGGCAGGGCAACGACGUGGUUAUGGUCGGAUCCGCGAACGCGGGCAAGUCUUUCUUCGUGCAGAACAUGCUGGACCACUUGGAAGCUCGCUACCCCAACGGCAAGGUCGAUGAGGUCACCAGGCCGCUAGUCUCGAGCAUGCCCGGGACGACUCUGGGCAUCAUCCCGUUGCGGGCCUUCCGGAAGUCGGUCACCUCCCGCGUGUACUCGAGCCUCUACGACACGCCUGGGGUGCACCAGGCCCUCAGCAUGCAGAGCCUCGUUCCCAUCACGGAGUACAGCCUCGUCCAGCCCACCCGGCAGUACAGUGUCCGCACCUUCCGGCCCGCCAGCGACGUCAUAGCGGCGCUCCGCGACUCGGGCGAGCAGGUCACCGCGGAGAACACCGAGGCGUGGCUGGGCAGGCCGGUCAGGUACGUGUGGGGCGCCCCCGGGAGGCCGCCGGUGGCGGCCAUUGAGGUUCCCGCGCCCGUGCCGCCGAUGCUGCAGCUCUCCUUCGUCGGCGUGGAGAACCUGACGAUCACCUGCCAGGCCAACGUGCAGAGCGAGGGGGCGGCUUCGCCGGAGCCGCCGGAGGGCCUGAGCAUGUGCCACCAGUGCUUCGUCCAGACCCCAGAGCGCCUGCAGAAGGAUCCAUGGGCGAACCAAUACACCCAGCGGCUCGAACACAGGCGAGACGUUUUUGUCUGGUGGUGUGGGGCCGUCGGAGUCCUGCUUAUGCCGAUCGGCGCGGGCCGUCGCACCCCGUCCUCCCCCACCCCAUGGCGUAGAUCCUGGCUGUUUUUGGCGCCUGUUUCGAGCAGGUGGAAUCCCCGCUCUGUAGGACGCACUGUUGCAUGCAGUCGCGUUAAGCAGAGGUCCGGACUCCUCCUCCUCCCCCUCCUCCUCUCCUUCCUCCUUCCUCCUGCCUCCUUCCUCCUUCCUUCCUCCUUCCUCCUUCCUCCUUCCUCCUUCCUCCUUCCUCCUUCCUCCUUCCUCCUUCGUCCUUCCUCCUUCCUCCUUCCUCCUUCCUCCUCCUCCUUCCUCCUCCUAAUCCUCCUCCUCCUCCUCCUCUUCCUCCUCCUCCUCCUCCUCCUCCUUCCUCUCCUUUACCUUUUCCUCCUCCUCCCCCUCCGACGCCCGCUCCCCCCUUCUCCUUCCUCGCCCGCUGUCAAGACGCCGAGCAAGAAAACGCUCGCAACUUGGGCUGCUGGGCCGUCAGGAAGCCACCCAGGACCGACGCGUGGGGGGGGAUGA